UGAGCACACGAAGCAUGCGUGCAGGCAGGAUGGUGAGGGACGCCGUUCCUUCCUCGCCGCUCCUGCUGGUCUGUACCGUCAGCCCUCCGUCUGACCUUCCAUAACCCGGAGCUCCCCCAGCCACCCGUGAACCACUCCCAUACUGGCUGCAAUCGGCCUGUAUUCUAGAAUCUUGUCCCCCUCCUAUGUCCUCGCGGUUCUAGCAUCCCACCACAAUUCCAGACCACGCACUCGGGACCCGGAAGGGUCAGCUGCUGCUCCCGAACGGGGCCGGCUUGCUCAGGUUCCGCUGUCAGCCUCGCGUCUAUGCGGCCGCCACGAUGCGGUGGGUGGACCGGCUAGCUGUGCUCUUCUUCCCGCAAGGCAUGGUGCUCACCGCCGCUGCCCUGAUGAUCUUCUUUAUACACCUUGGCGUCCUUGCCAGCGACGUGCACAACUUCUACGUCACCCACCGCUACGACCGCAUGAGCUUUCAAUACACGGUGGUCCUGAUGUUCUCCCAGGUGAUCAGCAUCUGCUGGGCCGCCAUGGGAUCACUCUACGCUGAGAUGACAGAUGACAAGUUUCUUCGGUGCUUUGCCCUGACCAUCCUGAUCCUAAACGGAGUCAUGUUCUUCAACCGCCUGUCCCUUGAGUUUCUGGCCAUCCAGUACCGGCAGGAGAACCACUGAGGCCUGAGGACUGGGCUGAGAAGGGGGAAGGAAAAGGCGGCUUCGGUGUUUUAAUAAAGUCUGUCAUUUA